CAUGCAGCAGGGGUUGCGAGGGGACGCUUGCCUCGUGGAUGAGGACCUCGAGAAACCCAAGUUCGAGCUCAGGAUGAGGCACCGGCCCGAAACCGGGUUCAGAACAGAUGACAGAAAGUCCUCUCCCAUAAAGGAUGAUCCUAAAGAUGACAAACCUAGAAAAGACGAUCUGAGCUCCAUCCGACGGUACCGCACGGCCUUCACUCGGGAGCAACUGGCGAGGCUGGAGAAAGAGUUCUGCCGCGAAAACUACGUUUCCCGGCCGCGGAGGUGCGAGCUUGCGUCCGCUCUCAACUUGCCCGAAUCCACCAUCAAGGUUUGGUUCCAAAAUCGGCGUAUGAAGGACAAACGACAAAGAAUGGCUCUCUCCUGGCCCUAUACUGACCCACAUUUUGCUGCUUACCUCAUAAAUGCAGCCUACGCCGGAUAUCCCUUGCCUCCACCAUUUGCCGCCUCCUACUAUGCCGCUGCAAGAUAUCCGGCACCACCCAGCACCCCAGCUUAUCUCGCCAGGCCACAACUGACGCAACCACCGCCUCCACCUCCGACACAACCACCUUUGCUUGCCACUGGCACAUACAUCCGAGCAGAUGGUAGUCCACCCUUCUUUGGACCUUGCGUUGAUCCAUGUAGGUGCCAUUUGGUGGGUUUCACCCAACCUCGUCCACCUGUAGCACCACCUCAAGGUACGCCAACCCCUCCCCUUGGUGAUACGCCUCCUCGCACCACUGUUACCACCCAGCAAAGAACACAGCUCUUCCAGCCCUACAAGACUGAUCUCGACAGACCUUGAAGAUGACACUGAUGGACUCUUCCAUUUAAUGAUCUCCUAAAAGACUGUAAGGACUCAGAGGGGAGGCAGGUGUGUCACACCACCCCGUGUGUUAAGUCAUCACAAUCGAGAACGUGCCAUGUGCCCUUUCAGAUGAUUACUCAUUCUCCUAAAAGACACAUGGACACCGAACAUAGUUGGUACAAAAAUUAAUACUGUAUUCCGCAGACCACAGAAGGUUUACAUAACGUUUUAAGCAAAAUGGGUGUGAAAGAGAAGUUCAGGAAUUUGAACAGAAAUUUGAAGUUAGUGUAUCUUAAUCAAACCUGAAUGCAGUUGUGAAUUUUCUACAGAUAUUAGAAAGGAAACGACAGAUUUUAAUAACUUAGCUGAUGAAAUUAACUGCUUCAGUGGGCAUGUUGAGACACAAUGACUUCUACUGUCUAACUAUUCCAAACUUUUCAUUUUGCCAGACUUUCUGUAAAUCGUCCUUUAGAGAAGAAGUAACGAGAAUCUGCCAAAAUAGUUCUUUUGGGAAGAAAGGCCUUGUGCAAGACUGAUGUCUAUAUUUCCAAUUACACAAGGGAAGCUUAAGCCUCAAUUCCGUCUUAUCUUCUAGCAUCUUCUUUUAUUGAAUCGAGCUUUCCAACAGUCCCUUUAGGAACAGUAAGGAUUGAGCGCGAUGCCUGGUA